GCAUAUAAGAUCUGUUUAUCUAACUCUGCGUGUGUGUAUGAUGUCGUUUUAUAUUGACCGAGUUGUUACGAGUUGUACCGCCAGCCGCCCAAACUGGCAACCCGGUGAAAAUGAAAUACUUACUUAUAUUAGUAGGGCUGUGAUGUGCAGGCUACUUUUUUACCUUCUUCUUUUCAAUAAAAAAAUUAAAGAAUUGGUCGAGUUAAAAGACCAAUAAAUUGUCUGAACAUCUGUUUUAAGAUACUAAACAUUAGCCGAUAAAAAAAGUUUUACAAAAAACUAUAGAUUUGAACGCGGCGUGGCUGAGAGCUGUCAGUCUCUUUCUAAUUUUAAAGAAGCGACGCUAAAUAAGUUUAAUUGUCAAAAGUCAUUUCCUAAAUACCUGAUUUGCAUUUUAAUUUUGAAUAAUCGAUUAUUGUUUUAGGGCGUUUAACAUUUUUCUUUGUUUUGCUCUGUCAGCCGUUGGUCAUGUGACGUAAUGCGUAAACAUUAAACAUGGCCGCCAACGGAGCGGUAGCACCGUCGGUGGUAACGUCUUCGUUUGAAGCCGUUAAAGUUAGAUUUAAGCCAAACUACUAACACGACGCGACACUAAACAUCUUCUGUACUAACGGGACAGCAACUCCCAGAAGCUUAUGGCGAAAUGUUACCGUUAAGUAACCUCACGACUGGCCGUUAAAUCCUCCAUUUCUUCCCAGGGUUCUCCUUUCGAGCUAGACCGGAACUAUGAAGACAGUCUGAGUCACGUCAUCUCUAUGGGCGGCCGCAGACAGAGAGCAGUGGACGAUGGAGAGCGCACUCGCAUUGUGUCUCCAUCUGCCUCUGGCGGGGAUCCCCCGGACCAAGAUGCCUCCUCGACGCGGUUUCUCUACGUGUUGGCGUUCUUCUCCGCCCUGGGGGGGCUUCUCUUCGGGUACGACACCGGGGUGGUGUCCGGGGCCAUGCUGCUCCUGAAGGAGGAGAUGAACCUGAGCACCCUGUGGCAGGAGGUGCUGGUCUCCAGCACCGUCGGGGCGGCGGCGCUCUCGGCCCUGAGCGGCGGCUUCCUGAACGAGUGGCUGGGGCGAAGGAUCUGCAUCCUGUUGGCCAGCUUCAUCUUCACCGUGGGCGGCGUCAUCCUGAGCGUGGCCCCGGACAAGGUGGUGCUUCUCGUGGGCAGAGUCACAGUGGGUCUGGGCAUCGGCAUUGCCUCGAUGACGGUUCCCGUCUACAUCGCCGAAGUUUCCCCGCCACACAGAAGAGGUCAGCUGGUCACCAUCAACUCCCUCUUCAUCACCGGAGGCCAGUUCAUUGCGAGCGUGGUCGACGGCGCGUUCAGCUACAUGGGCCGCGGCGGCUGGAGGUACAUGCUGGGGCUGUCCGUCGUCCCGGCCGUGCUGCAGUUCGUGGGCUUCCUCUUCCUGCCCGAGAGCCCCCGUUGGCUCCUCGCAAAGGGGCGGAGCCAAGAGGCCCGCCGAGCCCUGAGCCGGAUCCGAGAGGGCGCCGCCAUCGAGAAGAGUACAUCCGCCCGAACCAAGGUCGAGGAAGAGGGAAAGGCGGCCACCAGCGCGGGAUAAAUACCGCCUCGCAAAUCGACCCGACGCGCUCCUCGCAUCACCCAUAAAGCUCACGUCAAAGCUCAGUGUGCGCAUUUAUCAUCACAGAUCCAGUACUGGCGCCACGGCGCGCAGAGAAACGGCGUGACGGUUGCGCAAGGAGGGGCGAUCUGGUUCUCCGCCACCAACUUCGUGUUCACGUUGGUCGGCGUGUGGCUGGUGGAGCGCGUGGGCCGCAGGAAGCUGACGCUGGGCAGUCUCGUAGGCACCGGUCUGAGUCUGACACUGUUGGCGGUCGGGUUCUUGCUCUCGGCUUCGUACUCUCCGCCCACCACGCUCCACCCGGUCGACGCCCAGAACUCCACCUGCCGACUCUACGGGUCCUGUGAGCUCUGCAUGUUGGAUCCAGGUUGUGGAUUCUGUUACCUUGACGACGACAGCCGAGUGUUCAACUCCUCCUGCGUUCCCGUCAAUCAAGAGUCCACAGAUCACGCCGCCUGGGGAAGGUGUUCCAACCAGACGGCGAGCCCGAUGUGGGCCUACAACUACUGUCCCACGUCUUACUCCUGGGUCGUCAUCACGGGCCUCAUCCUCUACCUCGCCUUCUUCGCUCCGGGUAUGGGCACCAUCCCGUGGACGGUGAACUCUGAGAUCUACCCGCUGUGGGCGCGCAGCACCGGCAACGCCUGCUCCGCCGGGGUCAACUGGACCUUCAACGUCCUGGUGUCCCUCACCUUCCUCCACGUCGCCCGCUAUCUGACUUACUUCGGGGCGUUCUUCAUGUACGCGGGCCUGGUGGCUCUGGGGCUGCUCUUCGUCUUCGGCUGCCUCCCGGAGACCCGAGGCCUGGCGCUGGAGGACGUGGAGAACCUGUUCACCGGUCCGCUCUGCUCCUGCGGGGCCUCCUCCUCCUCGGCCGCUCGCAACGUGCAAUACAUCCGGGUCAACGGCAGAAGCCCCGCCUCCUCUGACGGCGACGCCUCGGAUGUCGAGUAGACGUCUUCUCCGUGCUACGGCUUUCUGAAUAAGGGGGAUGGGGAGGAGGUAACCAUGGUGACGCUUGGGGGGUGGGGCCUCAAUAAUCUGCCUACCUGUUGGUCUACUUUUAUUUAUAUAUUUUUGGGGAUCUCUUUGUUUUGGCAGACCGUUCACAGCGUCCCGUUUGCACAGACGCUCCGAUUUUUGCCAGUUUGCAAUUUUUAAUGAUUAAAAAUCCCGAUUACCGAGGGAAUCUCGACCUUUUCUUUUCUUUUUUUAAGUGCAAACCAAGGCGUUUUCUUUUCAUUACGUUUUAUUUAAGAACUGAUAAUGUCUCUAGUUUAAUCUGAUUGUGAUGAGUGAAACAUGUGGAAUUGGCACAAAGACAUUCAGAACUAGAACGGGCACUCGGUAGAGCGCAUACCUUCUCAUAUCACACGAUUGGGCAUUGAAUUAUGAACAUUUUGGAAAUUAGUUUCAUGCCAAUUGGAUAUAAAUUGAUAAAAAUAAGAUUUUGACCUUUUCAUGACCUUUGACCCGAUCGAUCCCAAAAUCUAAUCAAAUAGUCCCCGGAUAAUAACCAAUCAUCCCACGCGAUUCGGUUUAAUACUUUUUGACUUAUGCGAAUAACACGCACGCACGCACGCAUACAAAUACACGGCGAUCAAAACAUUACCUUCCGCAUUUUCAAUGCGAAGGUAAUUAUGGGAAACAGAAAAAAAAUAGUCCGAUAUCUCAAAGUACGUUUUGUGGUUACCGAUCCAUAAUCCUUACUGAUGAUGCAAUAUGUGUUCCGAUAGCAGUGAGAUCACCUGACUGCUACUCAUGUGAAUCCUAUUAAUAUUAAGUGUGGGAGGAAUAAAAAGUAUUUUGUACAACAGCUGGAUGGUUUGUCGUGAUGAAAAAAAAAAAAUUUCCAUUUAAAUUAAUGACAAAUAAGCUCUUGUUUCAUGUAUUUACAAUCCACGUCUCUGAUUAUGUUCUGUACAUCAAUAUGAUCUUUGGUAAUGGAUGCAUCGUUAACCUUAAGGAGUCAGUAUAUGUGUUGUGUGUGUGUACUCUAAUAAUUAAAACAAUAAAAUAGCUCCUGUGUUA